GGCGAUGCUGAAACAGUGUACAGAAAUGGAGGUUGCCUUCAGCAGGAAGAGGAAUUACAUCUUGAUAAGACCAAACAAGAUGCACAAGAUUCCUAUAUUACAAUUGUGAUUGAAAUUCUAAAAUACUUCAUAGACUGUCAUGACUUCAAGACAACCUAAAGCUACAAAAGAUCAUCAUGGCAAAUAGAUGAUUGCAACUUCGCGGAAUCCAUUGAAAUCAACAACAGACCUUUUGCAACUUCCCUUUAAAUAUUUGAAGAUGGAUCACUUUGAUUUCCUGAUUAAUAUGGAACAAAUAUCUUCCUCAAAAGAUUUAGACAGUACAGAAGGUGAUGACAACAUUGAAGAAGACAAUGGCAUCAGUGCACAAGAUCUAACUCCUUUCAAUAGUGACAACUCUGACUUAAGAAUUUCAGAGCCAAGGACACAAGAUGACAAUACCCUCUUUGAAACAAACCUUUCUCAGAUCUCAGCCAAUCCAGUUAAUGAAAUAGAGCCAGGUGACAUCAGUUGUGUGAAGGAUCUCAAUGAAGAUCAUAAUAAUUAUACUGUUGCAGAAAAUCCACUCUUGAGCUUUGAUUUAGAAAACGAAAGCACAUUCGCCCAGAGUGAGAAUUCAGAUUCAUGGCAAAUUGAAGCAUGUACUAGUGAACUAACGAACAGCGAGUUUUUUAAGGAUGUGGAAAUAGAUGCUUCUAAUCGAUCAGAGAGCACAAGUUCAUUGGAAAGUAAUGGAUCUACGCCAUGGGUACAAGCUGUAUUACUGACCAAAGGGACCAAUGAAACAGGAAACUAUGCUAAGGAAAGUACUGACAGUCUAUUUAAUAAUUCAGAUUCGAUGACUGCUGAGAGCCCAGGUUCGUCAGAGCCCUUAACGCCCUCUGUCAAUGAAGGAACUGAUGAAGAACUGCUGAGGGAUAAAUCUGAGGAUUUAGCCCAGGUUUCUGAUGCAGCCACAACUCCCGAUGAAAUUAUUAUGGAUCCAUUAGAUGUUGCUUUUUUACAACAAGAUGUAUGGCAUCAGAACCAAGCAUUUAUUCCAAUUUUAAUGACAGAAGUCACCACGGCUGAGGAGAAAUUGGAUGAAAAGAGUAACCUGGAUCCAGUGGUAAUGCCCAUGAACUGUGAGCCAUCAAGCAAUAAAAUAGAAAGUCAGGAGACUGAGGAAGUUAUUACAGAAACUUCCUAUGUAAUAAGCACACACGAUUCAGUAUCCACUUUACCUUCAUACAUUCCUUCAGUGCAUAAGGAGCUGGUGGGAUGGAAUAACCAACCAACGGAGACUGAGGACACCAGCCACUUCUCUUUUGGAAAUCAGUCGCACUCCAAAGAGCUGAAACUAACAAGCAGCGAAGAAUCUCUGCCCAAUUUUUUCAAACCCAAGGAAGCAUUAUUUGCUGGGACCAGCCAGACUGUGUACGUCACAUCAAUAUCUGAAGCAGUACUUUUCUCUGACAAUCAGGAUAUUUCAAUAAGAGGAACUUUCAGGGAUUAUGCAGAUGAUGUCUGCAAGGAACAAGAUGUUUCUACUGAUGCACAGAAAACUAGCCAGACAUGGAACUCAGAAAACAUAAAACCAUUACUCUGCGACUGCCAGAAAACAAACCAGCUAUCUCCUAUGGCCGAUAGGGAGAAUUGGAGCCCAACUAUGGACAGUCAGAUAGAUUUGCACGAAGGCCAAGAACAAGUAGAAUGCACAUUAACUGGAAAGAACGGUGCAGACAAUUGCAGCUAUGAUAACGCUGAUAAAAACAUCGAAGGAAUGGAACUGGGUAACUUGUCUCGAGAACAGGAUAAAGAGGAGAAUGAAGGAAUCACAGAUGUCAUAACUGAAAAUGAUGCCAUUCAGAGCAAGCAACAACCUAGACCUCUGCCAGAAACAAACAUCACUAAGGAAACAACAGACUUUGAAGCUCUACUGGCUAAUGGGAAUAAACCAGAUCGAGAAGUUGCCAUUAGGUUGGCUUAUAAGCUCUACAAUCUUGAUGGGUUUAAGAAGACGGAUAUCGCACCCUACAUAGAAAAGAAGUACGUCUGUUGCAGAAUAAUUUCUGCAAUUAUGUUUAGCUUCUUACAGAAUUAGGGGGUAAAAGCACAUUUAAGAAAAAGGCAGUUUAUCUGUGAAUGUAUGCAAUCCAUCUAUUUUCA